AUGAGUCAUCUGGAUAAUAAUGCAAAUGCUACUGUUAAUCCUACUGAGAAUAAUGAAAUCGAGAUAGAUGACCAUGCACUAUUAUGGAAGUAUGUUAAAAGGCUUAACAAGUUAGGAAAAAGAGGAGGAAAUACUAUGUUUGAAUUCUAUUAUUGUCAUAAUACUUACAAAGGCUCCUACUCUAGAGUUAAGUUUCAUUUGUUGAAAAUGUCGGGCAAUGAGAUUGCACCUUGCAAAAAGGUUACUGAUGAAGUUUUUGCAGAAAUGAAAAAACUUGUGAGGGAAUGUGAACACUGGUUGAAAAGUGCAGCUCCAAGACAAGUAUCUUUGCCUAAUACUGGUUCUUUACUUUGUUCUUCUGUGUCUAAUGUUGAGCAAAAUAAGAGAAAGGGUAUGAAUGGGCCCUUUGAUAGAGCUUUUCAAAAUGAGGAUCGAUAUGUUACACCAGGUUACAAUGCACUAAGAACUACUCUUUUGCAACAAGAGAAGAGGCACAUUGAGCAGUAUUUACAACCAAUCAAGAGUACAUGGAGCACUAAAGGUGUAAGUGUGUGUAGUGACGGGUGGACAGAUUCACAAAGAAGACCACUUAUUAACAUUAUGGCAACUUGUGAGAGCGGGGCUAUGUUCUUGAAGAGAAUUAAUUGUGACGGAGAGUACAAGGACAAACAUUGUAUUGCCAACUUUCUUAUUGACUCCAUUAAGGAAAUUGGUUAUCAAAAUGUGGUUCAAGUAAUCACUAACAAUGGGCCAGUUUGUAGAACUACUGGAUUACUUGUUGAGGCUAGAUAUCCCAAUAUCUUUUGGACAUCAUGUGUGGUUCACACUCUUAAUCUUGCUUUGAAGAGCAUAUGUUCACCAAAACAAAAUGACAAUUGGUAUGAUAAAUGUAGUUGGAUUUCAGAGAUUGCUGCUGAUGUUGGGUUCAUAAAAUUUUUUAUUGUGAACCAUAAUAUGAGAUUGACUAUGUAUAAGGACCACUGCAAAUUAAAGCUACUCUCCAUUGCUGAAACAAGGUUUGCGUUUACACUGAUUAGAAGAUUUGAGGAAGUAAAGGAAGGUCUAGAACAAAUGAUGAUUAGUCCAAACUGGUCUUUAUAUAAAGAGGAUGAUGUUUGCAAAGCAAGAGCAGUGAAGGAAAAGAUAUUGGAUGAAUACUUUUGGGAUGAGAUUGAUUAUAUACUUUCCUUUACAACUUCUAUAUAUGAGAUGAUUAGGAUGGUUGAUAAAGAUAAACAUUCUCUUCAUUUGGUUUAUGAGUGGUGGUAUACCAUGAUAGGGAAGGUGAAGACAUCUAUCUAA